GUCGGGGGAAAGUAACCAGCUAAUUACGAACACAAGCCCUGAGCACAACCAUUAAUUUUCUCUCCAGGUCGCAUGCUGUCGACCAGUUUCUCCACCACCAUCUGUGGGGAAGGAAGCCGCAGCCUCGUACUACUCUGCCCCAGCAGUAAGGAGUGGCUUCCCAGGCUCCAGAGCGUCAACACCGCCGCUGCCGAAUAAAUGUCUGACGAAGAACUAAACAUGUCGACAGGGAGGAAAACACCGUUAAGUGAAAACACGCUCUUUGGGAUGGGAAAUCCCUUGCUUGACAUUUCAGCUGUUGUGGACAAAGAUUUCCUUGAUAAGUUUGGACUGAAGCCGAAUGACCAGAUCCUCGCUGAGGACAAACACAAAGCCCUGUUUGAAGAAAUUGUCAAGAGGAACAAAGUUGAAUACCACGCCGGUGGUUCGACCCAGAACUCGGUGAAAAUUGCUCAGUGGAUGAUCCAGAAACCCCACAAGGUGGCUACCUUCUUCGGGUGCAUCGGUACCGACCGCUUUGGGGAGAUCCUGAAGAAGAAGGCCGAAGAAGCCCACGUCGACGCACAUUACUACGAACAGAACGAGGAGCCGACUGGUACCUGCGCGGCCUGUAUCACCGGGGACAAUAGGUCCCUUGUUGCUAACCUGGCAGCGGCAAACUGCUACAAAAAGGAAAAACACCUGGACUUGGACAGCAACUGGGAGCUGGUGAAGAAAGCCAAGGUCUAUUAUAUUGCGGGUUUUUUCCUGACCGUGUCCCCGGAGUCGAUCCUGAAGGUGGCGAAGCACGCUUCAGAUAACAACAAAAUCUUCUGCAUGAACCUCUCAGCGCCUUUCAUCAGCCAGUUCUUUAAAGAGCCCUUGAUGAAGGUCAUGCCUUAUGUCGACAUCUUGUUUGGCAACGAGACGGAGGCGGCCACAUUUGCCAAAGAGCUGGGCUUUGAGACAGAUGACAUUGCGGAGAUUGCAAAGAAAACCCAAAACCUCCCCAAGGACAACACGAAGAGGCAACGAGUGGUGGUCUUCACCCAGGGCAAGGAUGACACUGUUGCAACUGUCGGUGAGAGGGUGACCAUGUUUCCUGUUGUGGACAUCGACCAGAACGAUAUCGUGGACACUAACGGAGCGGGAGACGCCUUCGUGGGAGGAUUCCUCUUUGCGUUGGUCCAAGAGCGCGCGCUGGAGGAGUGCAUCCGGGCCGGACACUACGCCGCCAACGUCAUCAUCAGACGGGUCGGAUGCACCUUCCCAGAGAAGCCAGACUUUCACUGAUGCAACCAAGCACCGCAUAUUUGUCUUUUCCACAAGAUACUUGUAUAUGUAUGCUUCAGGAUUUUCUGUACAAUUUUGCUAUUUACAAUAACUGACUACAUGGGACUAAGUGCUGCAGCUUGAAUAUUUAAUCAAGCUCCAAUGAGCAACUCAGAUGUCUUAAUACAAUUCAAACAACGUACCAGUAGCAAAUGUUUGAAUGAUAUGGUUAUGUUUAAAGGAGCAUUCUGCUGAAAAUACAUCUUUUUUAGCAAACUGUAGGCCUGAAAGUUGGGGAAAAAAAUGUCAGAAUGUGUCACUGCGCGUGGAAACUUCUCCAAUCUUGAUCCAUAUGCUCUGUAUGUUUCAAACUCUCAGGACCUCCACAAGACAGCUACACUCCAGUUCUUUGUCCCAGUACUGCUUCCUGCUCCGAAGCCUUGCUGGAAGUAGCGUAUUUAGUGAUUUAUUUGCACAGCGACGAUAGUUUGGAUCACGCUGAAGAACUGGAUCCGCGGUGGAGAAGUGAAUUAUCCUGCAGGAUAGGUUUGAAAAGUUUCUACGGACAUAGAAAAGUGCCUCUGAAAAGUUUAUUGUUAAAUACUUCAUGAAGAACGUCAUCUGUAGUCCGCUUCCAGUUACAAUCGAUUCUCACGGUGACCCAGAGUCAUGGCCAAAAAACUUAUUUAAACGUCCGGAGAAACUUCUCAAAUCACUCCUGCUGCACAAUCCACUUUUAUUCGCCGUCGAUCCUCACGCUGACUAUUUUCCAAGCAAUUAUGGGUUUGCCAAUAAAUUGCUAAUUACACUACUUCCAUUGGAUCCUCUGAGCUAUGAGCUGGCAGUAGUGCGACACAGAAGUGGUGUGUUUAGUAGCGUAAACUAUGAGUGCCACACUUCACGAAGCAGCAGGCUACAAACUUUUUAGAGCCUUUUUCAAGCCUGCAGGGGAUGAGAGUUGUGAUACUUAGACACUAUAGAAUAUAGUACAUUUUCGGCUGAGUGUUCCUUUAAUAUUCUGCUGUCAUGCUGCAGAAUUUGUGGAUGAGGUGGUUUCAAAAGUGACAGUUUUAACAGGAUAAAAUUGGAAACUUUGUU